AUGAUUAUGCUGGACUCGCUUUUGCAACGCUUUUUGGCCCGCGCCUGCCCUGCCGACAAGGAAGACGACACGCAUCACGAAUCUGCUGCUCAGCAGGUGUCUCAAGAAACGGCGUUCACUCGUGAAGCAGACGUGGAAGGCUGGGUCUUCCUGGCCGAAGAGCGACACUCGGAACCAGGCAGCAAGACACGCAGUUACGCUGAUGUGGUCGCGGGAAGGACGUAUGACGGAUAA